CGCACCCUGAGCUUUUCUAGCCGCCGCUAAUCCCUCACGGACGACGCGCGCCGCUGCCCCGGCCGGGGGCUGGCUGCCGGCCUCCAGCUCUUGAGGGUGCCGAGGUGGCUGGAGAAGGCACCCUUGCCGCUUCCUUCCCAUCAUUUUCCAGUUGGUUCCUGGUUUCUACCAUGGCCCGUUCGAUGGCCGCCUAGGUCCGGCGUCUGUGGCUGUGAAAUCCUACUCUCUGGCUGGAGACACAGAUGGCCUCAAAUGAGAGAGAUGCCAUAUCGUGGUAUCAGAAGAAGAUUGGAGCAUAUGAUCAGCAGAUAUGGGAAAAGUCAAUCGAACAGACUCAGAUUAAGGGCUUCAAAAAUAAACCAAAAAAAAUGGGCCACAUAAAGUCAGACUUGAUUGAUGUUGACUUAAUCAGAGGCUCAACAUUCGCCAAAGCCAAGCCUGAGAUUCCAUGGACAUCUCUCACUCGGAAGGGGCUUGUUCGAGUGGUGUUUUUUCCGUUGUUCAGCAGUUGGUGGAUUCAGGUUACCUCUCUCAGAAUCUUUGUUUGGUUGCUGCUGCUUUACCUCAUGCAAGUCACAGCGAUUGUGUUAUAUCUCAUGAUGCCUAUUGUGAACGUGAGUGAAGUGCUUGGACCUUUGUGCCUUAUGCUCCUCAUGGGAACUGUCCACUGUCAGAUUGUAUCCACUCAAAUAACGAAGCCAUCAGGAAACAAUGGGAAUAGGAGAAGAAGAAAAUUACGAAAAACUGUAAAUGGUGAUGGGAGCCGAGACAAUGGAAAUAACUCCUCUGAUAAAGUCAGAGCCGUAGAAACUCUGCAGUCUGCACCCAGUGUUGGUGGUUUUUGGGGGACUCUCUUUGGCAACAGGAUUAAAAGGGUGAAAUUAGUAUCUAACAAAGGGACUGAAACUGACAAUGACUCAGGCUGUCUCCAUCCUAUCAUUAAGAAGAGACAGGGUCGACCAGAGAUCAGAAUGUGGCAAGCAAGAGAGAAAGCGAAGGUUUCCGAUGGAGAAAAGUGCCAUAGGGAGGCUUAUAGGCAUUUGGGUAAUGGAAUUUCAGAUGAUCUGUCAAGUGAGGAGGAUGGUGAUGCACGGACACAGAUGAUAUUAUUGCGUAGGAGUGUGGAAGGGGCGUCAAGUGACAAUGGUUGUGAAUUUAAGAAUAGAAAAUCUGUAUUUUCAAGGCACCUAAACUCUCAGGUAAAGAAAGCCACGACAAGGUGGUGUCAUAUAGUACGGGAUUCAGAUAGUCUGGCUGAGUCAGAAUUUGAAUCAACAGCCUUCAGCCAGGGUUCUAGGUCUGGUGUGAGUGCUGGCUCUCGGAGCCUUAACUUGUCAAGAAGAGAUUCAGAAAGCACCCGCCAUGACUCAGAGACCGAGGAUAUGUUAUGGGAUGACCUUCUCCAUGGCCCAGAGUGUCGGUCAUCUGUCACCAGUGACAGUGAGGGGACUCAUGUAAACACCCUUCAUUCAGGGACCAAACGUGAUCCCAAAGAAGAUGUUUUUCAGCAGAACCAUUUAUUCUGGCUUCAGAAUUCAAGUCCUGCCUCUGAGCGAGUUAGUGCAAUAAUCUGGGAAGGAAAUGAGUGCAAAAAGAUGGACAUGUCUGUGUUGGAGAUUAGCGGCAUCAUCAUGAGCAGGGUCAAUGAAUAUCAGCAAGGAGUUGGCUAUCAGAUGCUGGGGAAUGCUGUCACCAUUGGCUUAGCAUUUUUCCCAUUUUUAUAUCGACUUUUCCGAGAAAAGAGUCUUGACCAACUAAAGUCCAUCUCAGCAGAGGAGGUCCUGACCCUCUUCUGUGGUGCACCACCGGUCACACCUGUUGUUGUUUUGUCUAUAAUUAAUUUUUUUGAAAGAUUGUGUCUUACUUGGAUGUUUUUUUUCAUGAUGUGUGUGGCAGAGAGAACAUAUAAGCAGAGAUUUUUAUUUGCAAAACUCUUCAGCCAUAUUACUUCUGCCAGGAAAGCCAGGAAAUAUGAAAUACCUCAUUUUAGACUUAAAAAGGUGGAGAACAUUAAAAUAUGGUUAUCGCUGCGCUCCUAUCUGAAGAGGCGGGGUCCACAGCGCUCAGUGGAUGUGGUUGUGUCAUCUGUCUUCUUGCUGACACUUUCAAUUGCUUUCAUUUGUUGUGCACAGGUUCUUCAAGGCCACAAGACAUUCCUGAAUGAUGUUUACAACUGGGAGUUCUUGAUCUGGGAAACAGCACUGUUGCUUUUCUUGCUUCGCCUGGCCUCACUGGGGUCGGAAACCAACAAGAAAUACAGCAAUGUUUCCAUUCUGCUCACUGAACAGAUUAAUUUAUAUCUUAAAAUGGAAAAAAAGCCAAAUAAGAAAGAACAACUCACUCUAGUAAACAAUGUAUUGAAGCUGUCCACUAAGUUGUUAAAGGAGCUGGACACACCAUUUAGACUCUAUGGAUUGACUAUGAACCCCUUAAUCUACAACAUCACAAGAGUAGUCAUCCUUUCGGCCGUCUCAGGGGUUAUAAGUGAUCUUCUAGGAUUCAACAUACGACUGUGGAAAAUUAAGUCCUAAGCUGAGUCGUGUGCUUGGACUCUUUUCCGGCUGGUGUCACUGCUCGCCCACUGAGGACAAAGAUGGCUCCCUGAAACGAGUGACUCCACCUGCCAGCUCACAUGCAUAAGCCUCUCUGCUCAGCCAGCCUAAGGAGUGGAGUUUCCAGAGGGGCACACCCUUUCCCUGGGCAUGUGUGCUAAAGGCCUGCACUUCCAUGGUUCUCAAGCAACGUGAAUAGUCAGCAAACUAAAGCCUGCCUGAUGGUGACGCAGGACCGUCUGAGUCAGGACAUUUAUCCUGGACCCUCCAGUAUUGUGCUAGUUAUAUUUACUGGAAAUAGUCUUCUGGGUAACCAUGGUGGGUCCCAAAGCAUGAAACAAUUAUCUUUUAUUGGAAAUAUGCAAAUUCAGUGCUUUUCUAUUAUAUUCUGUGGAUUGGGGAUUUCUCUAUCAGAGAGAAACUAUUUUAGGUUAAAUCUAAAUAAAAGAACUUUACUGGAGAAAA